AUGUCCCUAAGCCCCUCUUCUUCUCUCACAACCUUCCCAUCUGAUGCACUUCAACUUCCUCCAUACACUUCUGAGAAAUCUUUCUCUAUACAAGAGGAACCCUUGAAAAUCCUCUUCUCUUCAUUGAUCCAAUCUGUUCAAAGAAAGUCUCUACUACUAUUCAAAGGAUCAAUGGCACCCCGUAUAAAACAUACAACCAAAAAAAGGACUUUCCAGAUCCAGGGGAUUGGAUUUCCUUGGGUUCAACCAGCGAUACCACCUCUACCAAUCCCUGAUUCAGAAAACACCAGGGAGGAAAGAGAUGAAGUUCGAAGACGCCUCCAUGAACCUAGAGAUUGGAAUUUCUUUUUGACCAAUCUCGCCUGGGAAUUUUUCAAGAAGAACAGGAAUCGGGAGGCCAUUAUCGAAUGUCACCUCAUCAAUGAAGGAAAUCCAUCCACGUACAUUGAGGAUAAAGGCUGGGAAGAUUUGUGUGAUCCAAUUUUUCGGCCACGACUCGUGGUAGUACAAGAAUUCUAUAAAAACCUUGCAGGUGUACAGGGAGAGAGGCGCUACAUCUUCGUUCAUGGCUAUAGCAUGGAAGUUAGCACGGAGGUUAUCAUGGAAGUUCUGGGAUUACUAGAAUUCAACAAUGAUUGCGAGUAUGAAGUUGCAAACCUCCACAAGAAAAAGGACAUCUGGGAUUCCAUAAAGAAAGUUCUUUGCAACAAUCAAAAGACUUUCAAUUGGACGCCGGUAGUGACCCCAAACAAUUCCCUGCUAAGUACCCCAAGGAUCAAUACCGAGGAUGGUUCAACUUGGUCUGCACGAACAUCAAGCCAACAAAAUCUUGCCAGUAUGUCACCUUUGACAGAGCACUGA